CCCGAGCCAGCCCCGAUGCGAGCCGAGCGGCGCCCUCACUUCCGGGUUCCGCCUCUCGUCCCAGCGCGGCUUCCGUCCCGGUUAAGAUGGCGGCACCCGUGCUCCGGUGGAGCGACCUUAGCGGGUGCCGCCGCCCUAGGCGAGGUUGGGCUGCCCCCCGCGAAAGAACCGCCCCCAGCAGCAGCACCACCACCAGCGCUUAGAAAAAGACUCGCAGGCCCCGCCCCGGACGGCAGCUGCACCAUGGAUUCCUGCAGCUCUAACUCUAGCUUGUCCGUCGGCUCCGCGGGUCCCAGCCCGGUCGUGCUUCUCUACUCGAAGGAGCUUAAAAAAUGGGAUGAAUUUGAAGAUAUGUUAGAAGAAAGGAGGCAUGGCAGUGACUUUAAAUUUGCAAUGAAAUGCUUCACACCUCUUGUGUACAAAGGAAUUCUUCCUUGCAAACCACAGGAUAUUAGAAGUUCUGUUCUCAAUUCUGAAGAGGUUAAUUAUAUCAUUAAGCAGCUUUCCGUGGAAUCCCAGAAACCUGUUGAUGUGAUCCAAGGGGAAGUUUGUGAGAUCUUAGAUGAAAUGAGCCACAAGUUGCGUCUGGGAGCCAUCCGUGUUUUUGCCUUUGCCCUGAGCAAAAUUUUUAAACAAAUUUUCUCUAAAGUGUGUGUAAAUGAAGAAGGUAUUCAGAAAUUACAACGAGCCAUCCAGGAGUAUCCAGUUGUUCUGCUGCCUAGUCAUCGAAGUUACAUUGACUUUCUGAUGUUGUCUUUUCUUUUCUACAAUUAUGAUCUACCUUUACCAGUCAUAGCAGCAGGGAUGGACUUUCUAGGAAUGAAAAUGGUUGGGGAGCUGCUACGGAUGUCAGGUGCCUUUUUCAUGCGGCGCACUUUUGGCGGCAACAGACUCUACUGGGCUGUGUUCUCUGAAUACGUAAAAACUAUAUUACGGAAUGGUUAUGCUCCUGUUGAAUUUUUCCUCGAAGGGACAAGAAGCCGCACUUCCAAGACACUAACUCCUAAAUUUGGUCUUCUGAAUAUUGUGAUGGAACCAUUUUUCAAAAGAGAAGUUUUUGAUACCUACCUUGUUCCAAUUAGCAUCAGUUAUGACAAGAUAUUGGAAGAAAAUCUUUACGUAAAUGAGCUUCUAGGGGUUCCUAAGCCAAAAGAAUCUACAACUGGAUUGUUGAGAGCCAGGAAGAUUCUCUCUGAAAAUUUUGGAAGUGUUCAUGUAUACUUUGGAGAUCCUGUGUCACUUCGAUCUCUGGCAGCUGGGAGGAUGACUCACUGCCCGUAUAACCUGGUUCCAAGAUAUAUUCCUCAGAAACAAUCAGACGACAUGCACGCCUUUGUCACUGAAGUUGCCUGUAAAAUACAGCUUACGCAAAUUCAGAAUCUGGCUCUGAGCCCAUGGGUCCUGGCAGUUGCUGUUCUGCUUCAGAACCAGCCAUCUAUGGAAAUUGAUGCUCUCGUAGAGAAGACUCUCUGGCUGAAAGCCAUAACCCAGGCCUUCGGGGGGCUUCUCAUUUGGCCGGAUAAUGAAUCUGCGGAAGAAAUUAUCCAGUCCAGCAUUGCACUGCAUUCCAAUGUUGUCAACCUUGCUAACGACCAAGUGAUUCUGAAAGUGGACUCUGACGACUCAGAAAUGGUCCAUGGACUUAUGUUCCGGCACAUUACUCUUCUCACAUUUUCAGCCUAUAGGAACCAGUUGCUCAACAUUUUUGUUCGUCCUUCCUUCAUAGCUAUGGCAUUGCAGAUGAUAUCUGGGUGCAGGAAAGAGGAUGUGUACAACUGCUUUUGCUUCCUACGUAAUGUUUUUUCAGAUGAGUUCAUCUUCCUUCAAGGAAACGGAUUAAAGGACUUUGAAGAAGGCUGUUGUCUGCUUUGUAAAAUUGAGGCCAUACAAAUAACCACAAAAGACAUCAUAGUUACAAAGAAAGGGGAUGAAGUGGUAGAAUUUUUAACAGGGCUCUUUAAACAUUUUCUGGAAUGUUAUCAGAUCAUUUGCAGAUACAUCCUGAAGGGAGAUGACUACUUCACCGAGAAACAGUACUUCACUGAAGUUAGAAAUUUUGUUUAUCAACUUCUCGAUCAAGGUACCACGCAGUGUUAUGAUGUUUUAUCUUCUGAUGUUCAGAAAAAUGCCUUAACAACUUUUGUGAGGUUAGGUGCGUUGGAGAGGACUAAGAUGAAUAAUGAAUGUGUUUUUAAUGUGAAUGAACCUGCCAUGUCCAAAUUAGAAGCAAUGCUUGGUGGUAAGAUCCCAGUAGGAAAACAAACAACUGCAAAACUUUAAUGAUCAGUUAUGGAGGUGUGAUUAUAUAAGCGCUGUCAUACAUGAACUCACGAUUCAUCAUGAAUCACAACAAGAUAGCCAAGUAAAGGAAGCGACCUGUCUUCUCAUUCUUCAUAAGAUUUUGAAAAUGUAGAGAAGAAGUGAUCAAUUUAGUCAGUCUGUACUCACCACCACAGUGGUUUAUAAGGCAUUUGUAUCAAUUCAGUGUGUUUUAAAAUAAAAGUCUUUUGAAAACAUG